AAGGCCGAAUACUCUAGUAAUGCUCAAGUUGCGAUCUUUGGCUGGUUCACUCUCCAGCAACCUGUGCCGGCUGGCGUCCACGGCUCACUUGGACUACUCACGCUACCCAAGUCUCCAGGAGUCGGACAUUGAGGAGACAUUAAUGCGCGGCAGCGGACCGGGUGGACAAGCCGUAAACAAAACCAACAAUUGCGUCUUUCUACGUCAUCUUCCAACUGGCAUAACCGUCAAGUGUCAUCUACAUCGUUUGGCUUCCAAGAACCGGAUUGAGGCACGUAAAAUAUUGUUGGAUAAGCUCGAUGCGCACCUAAACGGAGAACAGUCAAUUGCAGCACAACAGAAAGUGCUCGAUCAGAAAAAGUCCUCGGAGCGUAAACGCCGGCAAGGCAAAUUGCAGGAGAUGAAGAAGACCUGGCAAAGUCGUGAACGUGAAGAGAAUGAAAAGUGAAGCAGUGUACGCUUAUUGAAAA